GAGGAAAAUCUUUGGAGCAGGAUUUACAGCAAAGCCGUGGUCAAUCUGCUAGUAAAAACAAAUCAGAUUCUUGGACAUGUAUGAGUGGUGAAACUGGUAGUCUUCAUUGUCAAAGUAUCAUCUACACCGAGUUCCCUUCACAGGAUCUAAACAGGGCAAAAGCUAAGGAUGGGUCUGCUAACUCUGUGGAGUCUGGCAGUGCCUUCUCUGCAUGGUACUGUCCUGGGGUACCUGCCUUGGUGGAUGUUCUUGUAAACACAACUAAUCCAAAACUGGAUUUAGAUUUUGGAUAUGUUUCUAAAACAAUAUUGAAAAUAGCUGGAAAGGGUAUCCAAACAGAAUGCUACAAAAAAUACCAGAGUAUCUGUGUUGGUGAUGUUGCUGUGACUUCGGCUGGAAACUUUCCACAUGUACAGAACAUAGUUCAUGUAGUGUUGCCUACUUGGAGACCUACUGGUAAUUUUUCUCUGAUGGUUUUGGAGCUGCUGGUGACAAAGUGUCUGAUAGAGACCGAUAAAAGACGGCUUCAGAGCAUUGCUUUCCCAGUACUUGGUACAGGGAAAUUGUUGUACCCAACACAUCUUGUUGCCAAGACCAUGUGUGAUACCAUCAGCAAAUAUGGCCGAAAUAGAAAAACCAAUAUCAAGACUGUCAAGGUUGCAAUUUUUGAAAGGGAUAUCUUGAAGAUAUUCAAGUACUACGAGCAGUACAAAAGCCUAGGAUACGGUAAAACUGAUGGGGGAGAUAACUCUGGGAAACAGACAAAGAGCUGUACCAUAGAAGUACACGGGCUAAACAAACAAACAUCCGAUGACACGGUUGAACUCUACUUUGAAAGCAAAAGAGCAGCAGGUCAGCCUGUUGACAUUGAAAAAUUUGAUACUUCAAGACGAAAGAAUAAUGGAGUCGUCUUCAUUACGUACAAAACUGCAGAAGUCGCACAACUUGUUCUUGAGAGACAACACACACUGGAAAAAUCCCCUUUGACUGUGAGGCUCUUUAAGGGAUCAGAACCUGUACCUUCUCAGUUUUACCAGAAAAAGAUUUUCUUCAAGAACAUGAACCAGACCACAACAAGAAAAGGGCUCAAGAGUUUUCUGAGGUCAAAGAUUCAGGUGUCACCAACAGAAUUUCUAUUUGGAAAAGAAGAUGGCACAGUCUUGGUUACAUUUGAUGUCGCCCCAGAUUUCGAAAAAGUGGAGCAAGCUUGUCAGAAGUCCUCGUUGGAUGAUUGUGUUCUGGAGGUUAAAAGAGUUCCAGUCUCUCUGAGUAUCCUGGUCAGUGGUGUUAGUGAAAAGACAACCUUGUCUACGCUGGAAUUUUACUUUGAAAAUACCCGUAGAAGUGGAGGUGGUGAUGUCACUGAUGUCAAAGAAAUAUCCGAUCGAACGUUUGUCAUCUCGUUUGAGGAUUACACAGUGAUGGACCGAGUUUGUGAGAGAUCACAUGUAGUGGAUGGAUGCAGACUCGCUGUUCAGAUUUACUACGAGAUGUUGGGGUACAGACAUAGCUACACACAACCAACCUUAAAGGUUCCUAGCCCCGUGGAGCUCACAGACGUAGAUCCUAACGAAAUUCAGUGUAUCAAGGCAACAGACACAACUGAACUUGAAAAACAACUCGGCAACCAGCACGCAAAACUACAUUGGCCAGAAAAUGUUACUGGACAUCUGAAACUAGAGUGUGUGAUUACAGAGGAUAUAGAAGACAGCCAUAGACUGGUCCUUUCCUGGGAAAAAGUGGUCAAAGAUAUCUUGAGAAGAUUCCUGGCUCAGGUAGAAAUAACAAGAGCUCAAGUUGUCAUACCCAAACUACAGCAGACAUCUGUCGAUGUGACAGGAUCAGGGAAGGCUUCCUCACUGAAGAUCGUUGAAACCACUGAAGCUGAUGUGAAGCCAAGUAUUUUACAAGAUUCAUCAGAUAAUAUCACAGUCGAUGACAAAAGAGAACGUUUCAAACAUUUCAAACAUUCUCAAGAUGACCUUGAACAUGUAGCAGACAUCAAUAUUGGAAUGUCAGAGGAAAUCUUUUUGGCUCUUCAGUUCUUCUGCAGAAGCGAAACAAUAAUGAAUCAACAAUCUUUUGGAUACAAAAAUGGCAUGCUUCAGAUAAACUGCACUGACAAGAGAGAAAAGAAGAAUUUAGAAACUUGCAUUAAAAGUAAGUUACAGCAUAUAGAAAAACUAAACAAAGAUGAUGUGUCCUUCACUAGUACUGAAGAGCCAAAGAUCAAAGGAACUAUUUCUGGGAUUAAUCAUGAUGUUGAUGGUGUCUUCUGCUAUCAGCUUAAAGAAGAUGAACACAUGACUGUCCACAUCAUGGCACAUUCCUACGGUCAGCUACAGACAGCCAAACACAAGAUCUUUCUGGGAAUCGGAAGGAUAAGACGGUCAGAAACACGGAGAAGGUUUGACAAUACUUCACUUCAACAAAAUAAAGAGAACACAACUUUGUCAGAGAGAAAUAGAUUCAGUCAGUCUUAUCAUAGGAGUCCAACAUGGCAGACCCCGCCCAACCUUGAUUACGGAAGUGUUGUCUCUAAAGACUUUACUACAGCUGAAGGUCUGUUAGUACGAGUUUACUCUGGAAAUAUCCUCCAUCUUGAUGUAGACUGUAUUGUUAAUGCUGCCAAUGGUGAUUUACAACAUGGAGGGGGAGUGGCCCGGGUGAUAUCUAGUGCUGCUGGUUAUGAGUUUGAUAAGGAGAGUAGAGACUACAUAGCCCGGUAUGGACCCCUAAAGGUUGGGGAGGUGUGUACCACGACUGCUGGGGAUCUGAAGUACAAGGGAGUUAUCCAUGCUGUAGGACCAAGCUGGUAUGACUACGGUCAGGACCAGAAGCGGGAAUGUCUACAUGACCUAAAGACAGCUGUCAAGAACAGUUUAGAGGAGGCAGACAUUCAAAGCUACAAGUCCAUAGCAAUACCUGCUAUUAGUUCAGGUAUAUUUGGAGUACCGAAGGAACACCGUGCGCUGCAGUACUACCGAGCUGUAGAGGAGUACAGUAGGACUAGAGGAAGACAUUCGACCUUGACUGAGGUACACUUCAUUGUCGAGGACACACAGAUGUGUCAGCUGAUUCAGACGACCUUCACUAAAUGUUUUAGUUUAGACCCUGGAGCUGCCAGUGGAGGAAGACACAAAUUCACAUCAUCUGUUAUGGCUCCUCGGCAGAAUGCACCAGUUUUACAACGGUCGAACAGUCUACCAUCAAACACAGAGGGUUCUUCUGUAGAUCCUAGUAAUCUAUCUCCCAAGGGAUCAACCAAGAAACUGCAGCGUUCAACAUCCAGUGGCCAAUGUUUUGAGAUUGGUAGUAAUUUAACUGUACACAUCAUCAAUGGAAAUAUUGUGGAUAUUAAAGCUGAUGCUAUUGUCAGUCCUGAGAACAUCCAAUGUGACAGUACAGGAAGGAUUGCCAGGGAAAUCACUCGAGUGGCCGGAGAAGGUUAUGUGGUAAAUGACCAAUCAGAGUUAAGUCUUCGCCAUAGAAAACCAAAGCUGACGGAGGUAGUAGACACUCUAGCAGGAAAAUCACACUUUAAAUAUGUACUACAUGUAGUUGCACCUAAAUGGGAUGUCGAUGCUGUUGAUGAUCAGAGAACAUACUGGAAAUGUCUGGAACAAUCUUACAACAAUGUCUUCUCAACAGUUGAUACAAAACAUUUGCCUGUAUCAUCAAUCGCCUUACCUAUUCUUGGAAAUGGUACUGUUCCAAAACAUCCUGCUCCAAUCAUCACUAUCUCCAAACUGUUAGUAGAGAUUUGUAAAAGCUAUGCUGACAAGACUCCAACAAAGAAAACAUUGUAUUUCUGCAGUGAUGACUCAGCAGAUGUAUAUCACUUGAAAGGUGUCUUUGAGAAGUAUUUUAACAAAAGAAAUGAAUCAAAGGAGGACAACCGAGGUCAAAGGGAAGAUCAGAAGGAGCAAACUGUCCAUGAUGUAACUGGACAAGACCAAGGGUCAGAGGUCACAGAGGACUGUUGUAUCUGUAUGGACACUAUGACUAAACCUAAGAAGCUGUCUUGUGGUCAUGUAUUCUGUACAGAAUGUAUUGAUCAACAGUUUAAAUAUUGGCCAGCCUGUCCCCUGUGUGAGGCUGUACAUGGGAAAAUCAUGGGGGACCAGCCACCAGGGACUAUGACCAUUAACACCACCAAGUCAUACAGGGGACAUGGCUACCUACCAGGGUACAGUGGAUGUGGUAUCAUCAACAUCACCUAUAACUUCCCCUCGGGGAAACAGGGCACUGAUCAUCCAACUCCCGGUAAACUUUACCAGGGCAUCACUAGACCAGCUUAUCUUCCUAACAAUGAGAAAGGUCGCCUUGUAGCCAAGCUGUUAAAAAUAGCCUUUGACAGGAAGUUGGUGUUUACCAUUGGAAGGUCAAGGACAACUGGACAUGAGGGGGUCGUGACCUGGAAUGGAAUUCACCACAAAACCAGAAUUGAUGGUGGCCCACAGGCGUUUGGAUAUCCAGAUCCUACCUAUUUGGAUAGAGCUCUGCAAGAGUUGGCAGCUCAAGGAGUCACAGAGGAGUCACUCAAUGAUCCAUGAGUUGACUUCCUGAUGUCACAGAGAAGUCUCUCUGAUUGGAAGACCACUAUCAAUUGACCAAGCCUCUCUUAGAUUCAUGAGUGGGUGUUUUUGCAAAGAGAUUAUCAUGUUGGAAAGUCAAAGACACAACUUGGAAAUAUGUUUGGUGAACGAUAUGCUCUCUGAUCCCGCCAGAUGGAAAUGAGAAUUGAAAGUUGUGACAUUAUGUUCAUUUCUAAUACCAUGCAGGGCUGGGUUUUUUUCAUUGACCAAACAGUUGGACCAGAGUUGUUAUUUAUAAAGUGAAGACAGACCUACGUAGUGAUUUUAUAUUGCUUUCAGAUGAGCCAUGACAAUGACUUUCAAUGCCUGUAGAUUCAUCAAGAUUUAUUCCUAAAUUAAUUUUAAAAAAUUAGAUGGAGCUGUUUGUUGGCAUAAAGAAACAGGCCCCAGUCCUACACUAACAUAUCUUGUAAAGGCAGAGUGUGUAUCGAAUCCCAUUUUGUUCCAGAUAAUAUUUUAUUAUACAUUGUAUAUUAUAUUAAAUUAUGAUUGAGUUGUAUAUGUAUAACUAUGCCAAAAGAAACAUUUGUAUACGUCAUGCUUCGGUUAUCCUCCAAAUUUUGAGUUUCUAUUAUAAUCUUUUAUAUUCAAAGCAGAUAUAUAGAGGAUAUCUAACAGUGUUUUCUGUAAUACCAAAUAUAUUUCACGAGUGUGGCUAAU